CUUGGUGAUUUUUUUUCUUUCACAUUCAAUGAUGCUGAUGGAUACAUUGAGUUAUGUUUUAAUGAAAUGCCAUCAAAAGGUUGGUCAAUAAGACCUCAUAAAACUCCAGUAAUAGCCAGUAGGUAUGAUAUUGAGGAAUGUGGAAACAUGUCUCCUCCUCAAUUUCCAGAAUGUCUAGUUACAAUCACAGCCACACUUGAUAUAGACGCAAUUAAGGAAUUAAACUAUCCUGUAACAAUGAGAGGAGUGAAGUCUAAUGUUGAGAAAAUAAACAUUGUUUUAACAUCAGAGACAGUUCAAAAGGAUCAAACAACUACUAAUUACCCAGCCACACAGAUCAGUGAGUCCAAUGAUGAUCAACAGAAAGUUAUAUUGACUAUCAGUGAUCUGGUAGAUGUUUUAGAAGUGUUAAAAGAUGGUUCCUUUCAAAACUUCGAAUGGUUUGAUCUUGGUCUCUACUUGGGUCUGACUUACUUCACACUGCAGACUAUUGAGGCUGACUAUUUACGAGAUGCUAAGCGAUGUCUUUUAGAAUGUUUAGCAAAAUGGCUUACAGGUGAUACUAAAGCAACAUGGAACAAACUAGCUGUUGCUGUAGAUAAAAUGGGAGAGACAUCAGUUGCUGAUAUAAGUGAGACUAUUUUAAUUAAUAAUAAUAAAUUAAUAUUAUUGAGUCCCCUUCCAGUCCGUCAGAGGUACCUGUAAAGGAACCAGUGAAACAAUAACAAGCUACUGAAUGUUGGAUCAAGAAAAGAGCUGUAAUACAUGUACAUACAUGAC